AUGGCAAAUUCCUGGUUCCUUAACUCUCUCGUCUCUCUUCUCAACUUUCCGGCUGGUAGUUUCAACCGCCCUCCGUCUUUUCCUUCAGACCUCCAUAACCUCUCAUCUCAUUCUGACUUCCCUUCUCUUGCUUCAGAAGUUACUUCUCCUUCUACACUUCCUCUCCAACUUCUUCCUGAGGUUGUCUCUACGACCCAGCUCUUGACUUUUUACUUGGUCUCCUCUUCAAAAUUAUCUUUGAAUCCCAGAUCUGGCUCUCUUCUUUCUGGAUCUGAAAAUGCUACAGUAGCUACAAAAAACUUGAAUUCUUCUUCUACUACUGUUCUUUCUCCUUCUUCUCAAUCUUUUUAUGGCAUUCUUGGGACUACUCCCUCUCAGUUACCUGAUUCGUCCAACCCUCCUAUUCAAAAUGCUAAACCAAGUUAUGUUGUCAUCUCUAAAGCAUCUCCCCCUCUCCCCUCCCAUUAUCCUCCCACUUCUCUAAAUGUCCCAUUACCUCCUAAAACUGCUACUGAUCCAAUUUCAUAUGCCUCAAAAGAAUAUGUUGAUUGCAACGUUGCAUGCACACCAGAUCAAGAGGACAUCAGAACUUCCUUCCUGCUAUCGACGAUAUCAACCGAUGACUGGACCAUUAAUCUUACCAGUAUAAGUACUGCUCAUGUAAAGGUGGAGGUUGAUUCCACUAAGCCGCUGCUCCCAUUUCUUAAAGUUCUAAGGGCAGAUGGAUCACUCUUCACUGUGAAGGUUGAAUACCCGUGGGUGCCUCCGAUUUGCUCCCACUGUAAGGAAGUGGGUCAUAUUCUAAGGAAUUGUUUGCUAGCUCCACCUCCUGCAACGUCUUCUCCACCUGCUGCACCUACAAACUCUUCUGGUCCGCAGGUUGUCCCCCAUACAUGUUAUCUCUGUAAAGAAGUUGGUCAUUUCAUGAGAAAUUGUCCAACAUCGGUUAACCGUUGCACCCCUGUUACUUCUAAGGCAAAGAGAAACCAUGUUCCUAAUAGUAAUCAUGUCAAGCACACGGCUCAAACCGCUCAAACUGAUCAUGUUGUUCAAACUGUUCCUAAAACUCAUGUGGCUACUGAUUUACCUUUUGAGUCAACUCCUUUAUCACAUAUAAAGUCAACUAAUGUUGGUAUCAAGAUUGACUAUGUUGCUCCAGUAUCUACUAAGCCAGCUCCUGUGUCACCUACUGAGACAUCCCAAUUAGAGGAACCUACUACUGAGCCAACUCUUGUGUCACCUACUGAGACAUCUCAAUUAGAGGAGCAUAUGGUUAUUGAUGUUAUUCCAUAUAAAGAAACUAAUCAGUCGGUUAUAACCUUUGAGUCUCCAAUUACUGCUGACUCUCCAAUGGAUGUUCAGGUGGAUUGUGUUCUCGCUUUGAAAGCAGAGUUUGUGUCUCGUCCUAUUGUGGUCUCAGACAAUUCGCUUGCCCUACCUUUAACCAAUAAAUAUGAUGGCCAGAAAAUAACCCCCACUUCGUUUAACCCUUUUAUCCCCUCUGAGCCACCAUACACCAACACUAACCCACCAAAGUCCUUCUCACCUACCAAAAACUCCUACUCAGUAAUAACCUCUCAACCCUUGUUUAUACCUUCACCCUUUAAUUCUAAAGUUUCUUCUUCUACUCUUGGUCAGAUUCCUCUUUUUACCCAGAAAGAGGCUCAAUCCAAACCCCAAUGA